ACGGUACGAAGUAGCCUUGAACGUGUAUUGCUGGUUGUGUCUUUUGGUGAUGGAAAGAGAAGAGAGGAAAGGGAAAGAUGGGAGUGGACUUCACCUAGCCGUUGAUCACAUGCUCACUUCGCACCAUUUCGUACGUGUCUCCGUGACGACGUCUGCUUUCACCCCGAACCUUCUCGUGCAUACUGAAUGUUACACAACGUCAUUGCUGAACUCCCUCAUAUCCACUCACUCACCUACUCAUUCACAUCAAACAAAGCUUCACUUACUCUCACAGAGCGUCAACCUUUGCACCCUCAAGUGUUCUUCCCUUCUCCCCUUCUCUUCGGAAAAGGCCAGCUCAAUCUCUCAUCCUUGCAUCAUCCACACUAAACACCUCGAGACUCUCUCCAACGUGCAGCUCGAGCAAAAUGCCAGCCCCGUGGAACGCCGAGCGUCAUGAGCGCUUGCUCAAAGCCAUCGUCCUCAACUUCUCCAUGAACACUGCCACGCUUGCCAGCGCAUACAAUGCGCAGUUGGCCAAGAAUACCGAGGACAAGUUGACCAAGGGCGCCAUCGACCAGCACUUCACCAAGCUCGUCGCUGGAAUGGGCAAGGCAGGCAAGAAGACGGUGAUGCAGCCCAAGACCCCUACCAAACUCUCCACUCCACGGGCUGCUGCGGUCAAAGCUCCAGCUCCUACAAGCAGUGCCAAGAAACGCAAGGCCGACCGCAUGAGUGACGAGGAGGAGGAAGAGGGAGAGAGCUCCGAAGACGACGUCAGCGAAGGUAUCUCCGCUCCACUGGCCCCCCGCACGCCCAGCUCGCGUGCCAGCAAAGCAGCCCGCCUCGAUGCCGGAGCUGCUGGUUCCAUGGAGGGAAUUGACGUGGCCGACAUGACGAACGAGGGAGAGGACGACAUCAUGUUCCAGCACGAGCUCAACUUCGACGGUGUCGGGGAGGUGAAGCCGCUUCUCGCAACUGCUACCAACGGCAAGGGACCAGACACCUUCACCGGCGGUCGUGCUAUCGUGCCGAGCAAGAAGCUCAUUUUCGAUUCGGGCGACGACUCGGACAUCAGUGAGUGGGAGCCGUAGACGAUGGUUUGAUGGAGGCUCGGAGGUCGGGUAUGCAUGAUGACGACGACUCGGAUGCAGAAGGC